CCUGCUGCAGAGUCGCCCACAGAAGAAGAACAAUAAUAUCAUGCACUUGAGUUUGUUUUAGUUUGUGAUCACGUCACUGAUUAAAUCAGAUUUUUUUUUGGAAUAUCAUCUGCUGCUACACUAGGAAUAAACCACAUGGCGACUUCUGUCAGUACACAGCGGGGCCAGGUGUAUGUUGGGGAGCUUCCACAGGACUUCCUCCGAAUUACACCCACCCAGCAACAGCAGCAGGUUCAGCUGGACGCUCAGGCUGCCAGGCAGCUGCAGUAUGGAGGCUCACUUGGCACCGUGGGCCGUCUCAGCAUCACUGUGGUGCAGGCAAAACUUGCGAAAAACUAUGGAAUGACCCGAAUGGAUCCUUACUGUCGGAUUCGACUGGGCUAUGCAGUAUACGAGACACCAACUGCUCACAAUGGAGCCAAGAACCCACGCUGGAACAAGGUGAUACAGUGUACAGUGCCUCCUGGCGUGGAUUCCUUCUACCUUGAAAUCUUUGAUGAGAGGGCAUUCUCCAUGGAUGACAGGAUAGCAUGGACUCAUGUGACUAUCCCUGAAAGCCUGAGGGAGGGCAGUGUGGUGGACGAGUGGUUCAGCCUCAGUGGCAGACAGGGAGACGACAAGGAGGGCAUGAUCAACCUGGUCAUGUCUUUUGCUUCGAUGCCAGCAGGAAUGAUGACACAGCCUGUUGUCCUCAUGCCCUCCGUGUACCAGCAGGGUGUUGGAUAUGUACCCAUCUCAGGGGUGGCAACGGUGUACAACCAAGGCAUGAUGCCCAUGGCCAUGCCAGCAGCCGUGCCAGCUGUGGGCAGCCAGGCGCCGGCGUGCAGUGAGGAGGACCUGAAGGCUCUGCAAGAUAUGUUUCCUAAUCUGGACAAAGAGGUGGUUCGCACUGUGUUGGACGCACAGCAGGGCAACAAGGAUGCUGCCAUUAACUCCCUGCUGCAGAUGGCCGAGGAGCUCUAACCACGUAACGCGCCGCAUCGUCCGUCGCUGUUUUUAUGUUUCUAUGCAGCAGUGGAUACAAACAUAAAAACAUCAUUAACACAGAGACUUUCCAGCUUUUCUCGGCCACGUGAGGAUAAGCACUCACUGCAGCCGCAUUUGUGCAUAAACAUGCUACACCAGCUAGUAGCGACCAAAAUAGCUCCCUUUGCUUGUCUCUCAUGCACAGAUAAUCACAAAAAGACGCUGCAGC